GGGUGAAUUAAUUUGUUUGGUUUCCAAGGCACCAAGGAUGGUAAUCGAUUUUCAGUAAAGAAUUAGUUUGAGCUGUAUUUAAAAUCCAGUAAAGGUGAAUUUAAAGAAAAAAGAGUAAUUUUUAUAAAUGAGGAGGGGUGAAUUAUGCCGUCGAAUUUUGAAGUCACUGACAGGCUGAAUGUCGAUAACGAUCAGGUAGCAAAAUACCAAAACUCCUAUCGAAUGGAGUCGCAAAAUCCAUUUAAAGUGGAAAAAGUGGAAAGAAUUUUGGAGACGUGGAUGAAUAAUAUUUUAGAAAAUGCUUCCUACGACGUUAACGAAAGUCCAAAAUUGUGUGCACAAGUUGCAACAGAAAUUCGUAAACGAGUGCAAAUGUUAGCAUUUGAUAGAUAUAAAAUAGUGGUCUUUGUAACGAUAACGGAAAAAGGAAGUCAGGGUUUAGCUUCAUCGAUGAUUUGCUUUUGGGAUCAUCAAAAAGAUAAUUACGCAAAAUAUGUUCUUGAAACUCACACCUUUAUUGCUUAUUGUUGUGUUUUUGGAGUUUAUUACGAAUGAAAUUAGUUGCAAAGAAUUUUGAAAAUAUAUUAAGUCCUGUUAAGUAAAGAAAGUUUAUUUUCAUUAGAAAUUUUCAUAUAAAAGUUGAUAGGAAACUUAAUAAUAAUUUGCAUAUUUGAAUGGUCUCACGUCAUAACCAUGUAAAGGCUGAGGAAAACAAAUUCAGCAGAGUAACGAAACGUUCUCAACAUUUGAAUUAUUCUUUAAACAAAAAAAUUUGAAAAGGCAUUCGAUAGU